AUGGCUCCUCUUGUACCAUACAGCUCGACUCCACCAACGAGCUCAUUCCCGCAAGCCAAGCAGAGAGAUGUCCAAUAUCGCAAAGCACGACCACUGCCAACAACACUGCUCGAUUCCUGCACCAUCUGGUUCGAAGAACUGCUGUUAUCGCAAGCAUUCGCUCUCCUCACCAGCGCACUCACAUCUGGCACUGGAACCGAAGUAGAAGCCUUCAUACCGCCGCCUCAACAUCUGGCGCUUGCGGCGACUCUGGUUGUGCAUUCGAAUCUCACGACAAGGACGACAUCUGAGGACAAACAUGCCGCGGCCGACGAAGCGUUGCGGUAUCUACGGCAUGCCAACAGUCUGCUCGGUCCACAGGAAGCUGGACUUGACAAGGCGUUCAAGUUCAGUGAGGGAUCAACUCCGACCCGCGGCAAGCGAUCCAGAGCAAGGGUGUCUGAUAUAGGUGACGAGCUUGACGACCAACCUGGCCUAUUGAACUUCUCAUACACAGAGAAGGAAUCCUUAUGGUCCAGCGCAGAAGACUUCUGGGGUGUUGUGGGCUGGGCCUUCAACUGCUCAGUAGCCCAUGCCCACCGAUGGGCAAGAUGGAAGCUAUGGCUGGAACUCAUGAUUGAUGUCUUACAAGACGACUUCGAGAACAGGUUGCGAGAGGCUGAAAAAGUCUGGGCUGCGACGCAGAGUACCGCCGCCAUUGAAGAAACGCUCAGAGACAGCAUGCUGGCACAGUAUCUACGCCCACUCGGUGAAGGCCGCAACAACAAGCGCCGACUAAUGCGCGCUAUCCUCGCCGACGGCCGGCAGAAGAGCCUCGCGGAGUUUGGCGAGGUAUGGAAGAACGAGACCAAACCCCCCAAGCAGAAGAAAGACAACCGAACGGCGAAGCGUCGCAGACUCGAUCUCGAAAACGGCGAAUACGGCGACUACUUCGACGACUCCGAAGACGAAAGCUUCACCAGCUCCGUCCGGCGCUCACGAUCCGGCACCGCGCCCGCAACCGCCCAACAGAACCGCGCAGCUUCCGGAGACGACAGCGAAGCCGAAGACGUCCUGAGCACCGCAAGCAAAGCAACCACCUCGUUCACCACCACCACCCUCGGCGCCCCCUCCUCCCUCCACCUCCGCCAACGCCUCCUCUCCCUCCUCACCAUGUUCUCCACCAAAAACCCCUCCGCCUUCCUCGACACCGAAGACCUCUUCGACCUGUUCACCGAGUUCCUGCGCCCGUUACCCCUACCCAUCUUCCAAACCUUCGUGCUCCCCGCGAAACCCUGGCUUGGGCCUAAUAGCCACGCUUCGCUGUGCCAGAUGCUGUUACGGCCUUUGCUAAGCACGACAGCGCCGGCGUAUAAUAAAAAUGCGUUGACGCAGUCCGAGUUCGAAGCUUACUACGCCCCUUACGCGGCGAAUAGUUCGGGGGUGGGGGAUAAUGCGAAAGUUGGACUGUUGGUGGAGGGGUUGCUUAGGUUGCUGUGGGGGUCGGGGUCGCUGGAGGUUUCGCCGGCUUUAAAGGAGGCGGUGGAGGAGGGAAUUGCUGCGAGGAGGGAGAAGGCGGUUUGGGAUGGGCGGAAGAAGGUGGGGGGGAAAGUGAAGGCGGAUGCGGAGGCGGUAAGGGUGUUGGCGUGUUCUGCUGACCGGAUGCUCGCGGUCCUGGACAUGGCGAGAUGA